AUGACGACUGACAUUGAACUCACCCCCGCCAAGAAGGAUGUUGCGCUGCCGGAGAUUUUGUCUCCUGAAGGGUCUCUUAAGGACGCGAGUGCCUCCUCCGUGGGAGAGAUCUACAAACGCCGGAAUAUUCUCGAAUGUCUACGAUACUACGAAGCUAUCCUCGACCAUAAACUUGGAGUGGAGAGCCAAGGCCCUGAACGAGUGCUACCCGAAAACCGCCAGCCCCCCAAAUUGUGGUACAUGUUCGUCAUCUGGGCGUCGAGUGGGACAUUUGGAUUGGGAAACUUCAGUAUUGGUACCCUAGGGUGGAGCUAUGGGUUAUCCUUGGGGCAAACCAUCCCAAUCAUGAUGUUUGGGAUUCUGCUGGGUUGCAUGACUGCCGCCUGGUGUGGCACUCUUGGUCCAGCCACUGGCCUGCGUCAGAUCUCAGUCUCUCGAUACAGCAUGGGAUGGUGGCCGACUAAAAUCGUUGCGAUAUUCAAUAUCUUUGGACUUAUAGGCUUCGCUUCGGUGCAAUGCAUCACGGCGGGGCAGGGACUCUCCGCAGUGUCUGGCUACAGUCUCUCCAUUCUCGUUGGCAUUGUCAUUGUGACAGUUUUGGCCCUGGUCAUUGGAUUUGGCGGGUACCGCAUCUUGCUCGUCAUCGAGGCCUACUUCUGGGUGCCCUUCUUUCUUUUGACCCUCAUUCUGUUUGGUGAGACCGGAGAUAAGGUAUCACUACAGCAACCCGCCACCGCAUCCGGGAUGAAGUUCACUGCCGCCGUUUUGAACCUCCUCGCCAGUUCCUACGGAUGCACCUCGAUCUUCUGCUCCUGGAUCUCGGAUUAUUUCGUGCAUUAUCCGGCUGAUAUAUCCCGGGUCAAGGUAUAUUUCCUCACCAUGUUUGGAAUGUGGAUUGCCAACUUCGUUGGAGUGCUACCGGGCUGCCUCAUCGGCUCAGUUUUGGCCCAGAAUGCCAGCCUGGCCGCCGCCUAUGAUGCUCAUGGCAUCGGCGAAGUCAUGCUCCGCUUGAUGUAUCCGUCCGGUUUUGCCAAGUUCGUCAUGGUUAUCUUCAGCCUCGGGGGUAUUGGCUUCGGCGCCAUUGCCAUCUAUUCCGCUGCGCUUGCCGUCCAGCAGCUUGCAGCUCCGCUUCAAAUGGUCCCGCACUUUUUCUGGAGCCUGGCCUCAUUCGCCGGCCUGAUGGUGCUUUCUAUCGUGGGAAAAACAGCAGUGCCAACCUUCUUGAGUAAUAUCUUAGCCCUGGUCGGCUAUUUCAACACCAUCUACUUCGCCAUUCUCUUCACAGAGCACGUUCUCUUCCGCCGGGGUAAAAUCACCAACUACGACCUUGACGGCUGGAAUAACCGGUCGCGACUGCCUGUUGGCUAUGCUGGCUUUGGGGCGUUUGUUGCUGGCUGGGUGGGGAGCGUCCUGGGGAUGGUGUCCUCAUUCUAUGUGGGGGUCAUUGCCGAGAGGAUUGGUGGUGGUGACGUGGCCAACAUGUUAGGGCUGGUCUUCGCCCUCGUAUCGUAUCCCCCACUCCGGUACUUGGAGUUGCUUUUCUGUGGCCGUUAGUCAAAUUGUCUUCAGGCUGCUUUGGUGCCCUAUAG